AUGGCUGAAAGUUCAAAAAGUUCAGGACAAGAGAAUGGUGAGCCACAGGCACAGAAGAAACGUGAAAAUUACCUGGACUGGGAAGAUUACUUCAUGUCCAUGGCCUUGCUGAGUGCCCAGAGAAGUAAGGACCCAAACACGCAGGUGGGAGCGUGCAUCGUUAACAAAAGAAAACGCGUUGUGGCCACCGGCUACAACGGCAUGCCGGACGGUUGCCAUGACGACGAGAUGCCGUGGUCAAGAGGAGAAGUUACAGAUACCGAGUCCAAAACCUCCUACUUGUGCCACGCGGAGAUGAAUGCUGUACUGAACAGCAACAGCACUGACACAACAGGCUGUAAGAUGUACGUGUCGCUGUUUCCCUGCAACAGCUGUGCGCAGAUAAUCAUCCAAUCUGGCAUCAAGAAAGUCGUGUAUCUGAAAGAUGAUAAACACGACAAGCCGAUAUACAUGGCUUCUAGACGUUUAUUGAAGAGAGCUCAUGUCAAGAUAAGGCCGUACCGAGGUCAUGUCAGCGCUGUACAGGUGAAGAAAGUCAAGGACCAGAGCACUAACCAACAACCACAAGUCUAACAUUAACAGUACAUGGCGUACUUGGAUCAUAUAAGCAUUUGUAGAUAAACGACCAAUAUUUUUAAAAAUUGCAAAAUAAAUGUAUUUACUUAAACAAAUCACAAA